AUGUGGAACGGUGAUGGAACCGUGGACGUCAAUGGCUUUCGAGUUUUCUAUUCAGAGGUGGAUUAUGUGAGGAGAAUCUUUGAAAGACACCCAGAAACCGCGUCGAAUAUUCGUCCAAAGAACCAACUGGUGAAGAAUGCUUAUAUGAAUAACCUCCUCGACCUCAUCGACAUAAUUUGCUUAGCUCCUCAGGAGCUCACAGAGGAGGAACUAAGAGAUGCAGAGAACACGCUUUUGGAUCUGGUAGGGGUAGGUUUCGAGUUGGAUUGGUUGAAGAGGAAGCUGGAGGAGCUUUGCGUGAAGAAGAAGAAAAUGGAAGCACGUGGGGCCCGCAUGAGAGAACUCGACAGAAUGAUCGUGGAACAGAGACAGGUGUUGCUUGAGCUUGAAGCCGAACUGAAGAAUGAAGAGAACGAGGCUGUUUCCGACAGUGCUCGACUUGGUUUUGAGGAUGUUGUUUGA